AUGGCCAGGACUUCAACGACAUCGGAAAGCGCUACGAAUCCAAUCACUGAGUUGGAGGCAUUUCCUGAACCGGUUCGACUCGACGAGCGCUUUGCUGCUCUGAAGAGGGCGAUCGUCAAGCCUGAAGAUGAGGCAGCCAUCUCCUCUUCCUACGAGCGCCUGAAAGAGGCACUAAGCGCUGAGGUAGAGCGACUGAGCAGUUUACAACAAGCCGUGAUCCCAGAAGUCGAAUGGGCGGACAUCAAAGCAAAUGGUGGAAAGAUUCCAGAAGACAUCACAGAAAAGGCGCGGCACGCGGGAUGCGUGCUCUUUCGAGGGGUAGUCUCUGAGGAGCAGGCGUUAUCCUGGAAGAAAGGGCUGAUGGAAUAUACCAAGAAGCACCGUGCGGUCGGCGGACGCCCUCUCGCUAAUCCAACUUUUUGGCUGCUGUAUUGGACACGGCCGCAGGUCCAGAUGCGAUCUCAUCCGGAGGUUCUCCAGGCGAUGAACGCCGUUAUGAAGCUUUGGCAUGUUGAUGAUGGGGAUCUACCAAUUGACAUGGAGUCUCAGGUAGUAUAUGCAGAUAGGUUCAGAAUCAGACAGGCUGGCGACAAAGAAUACACACUAAAGGCCCACUUGGACUCCAGCGCCAUCGAGAGAUGGGAAGACCCCAAGUACCGGUCAAACUACGAGGCUAUCUUCCACGGUAACUGGGAGGACUACGAUCCCUGGCGUAUGGACAACCGCCCGAGCGCCAAAACCGACCUCUACCGUCAGCGAGGCAGCUGCUCCGCUUUCCGUGCUAUGCAAGGCUGGCUGAGCCUCUCCGAUUGUGGACCAGGUGAAGGCACUCUACGCCUUCUUCCCAGUCUGCAAAUGAGCAUGGCGUACAUCAUGCUGCGGCCAUUCUUCUUGCAGGAGAAGCUCGACGUAACGCAACCUACGUUCCCUGGUGCAUCGCCAGGGAAUGGGCAGUUCUUUCCUACGCCGAAGUUUCACCCGCACCUAAAACUCGAUAAGAGCGUUAUCAGCGUUCCAAAGGUCCGGCCGGGCGACUACAUGUUUUGGCAUGCUGAUCUCGUCCACGAGGUGGAGGACCAGCAUAAUGGAAAACUAGACUCAACAGUAUUCUACAACGCCAGCGUUCCGCUGUGUCCAUACAAUAUCGAGAACAUGCGGAGGAUGCGGAAGUCAUUUCGCGAUGUGGAGCCGCCGACAGACUUUUAUCUUGAUAUGGGCGGGCCGUUUGAAGUCGAAGCAAAGCAUGAAGAUCACGGCGCGCGCGAAGAGAACAUCCUUUCGCUGGAAGGCAGGAGAGCUCUGGGCCUUGAGCCAUUCGAUGAAAACGAAAUUGAGAUAUCGGAGGGUCAGAGAAGGGUCAGGAAGAUGGCGAACGAGGCGAUGAGACUUCCGGAUGACUGA